ACUUACACCCAUUGCUUUCUUUUCACUUCUCUCAUGUGAAUGUCUAUACAUUGCUCAUUAAUCAUUAUUUCCCCCCUUCAACCUUUUGCUUCCAUGGGUAUUCAAAUCAUGCUCCGUGUAAAAGUCUUUUCUAACCCACAUCAUUUUUUUUCUAACAAUAUUAUGCUUCAUGUUUCCUUGUUUCUUUUAUGCGGAUGAAUUUUAUUUUUGAUUACAGGAUGUGGGUUCUAAUCAUCUGCUACAUUUUUCAGUGUUUCAAUAGACUUCAGAUACCUGAACCACCUUUGCUUGCUCUUUAAGAGAAAUUGAGAUCACCUGCCAAGUUUUUUUAAGAUUGAAAGCUGUGUUUUUUUUGUGGGGUUCUAUGACAGUGAAGGAGAGAUCUAAAUUAUAAUGGUGAAGAAGAAGUAUCCAAUUGGGCCAGAGUUUUAUACACUGCAUGAGGCGAUUGGACAGGGCGUUAGUGCUUCUGUGCACCGUGCUGUCUGUUUACCCUUCGACGAGGUUGUUGCAAUCAAAAUUCUUGACUUUGAACGUGAUAACUGUGAUCUGAACAAUGUUUUUCAUGAGGCACAAACAAUGGUCUCGGUUGAACAUCCAAAUGUUCUUAAAUCACAUUGCUCCUUCGUCAGUGAUCAUAAUCUAUGGGUUGUCAUGCCAUACAUGGCUGGGGGAUCUUGUCUCAAUAUACUGAAGGUUGCAUAUCCUGAUGGUUUUGAGGAGGUAGUUAUAGCAACAAUACUUCGUGAAGUGUUGAAAGGUUUAGAGUAUCUUCAUCAUCAUGGGCAUAUACAUCGGGAUGUUAAAGCUGGGAAUAUUCUAAUCGACUCACGUGGUGCAAUCAAGCUGGGAGACUUUGGUGUUUCGGCUUGCAUGUUUGAUUCAGGUGAUAGGCAACGCAUGCGGAAUACAUUUGUGGGGACACCUUGCUGGAUGGCACCUGAGGUUAUGGAGCAAGUGCGUGGUUAUGAUUUCAAGGCGGAUAUCUGGUCAUUUGGAAUAACUGCACUUGAGCUCGCUCAUGGCCAUGCUCCUUUCUCGAAAUAUCCCCCAAUGAAGGUACUGCUUAUGACCUUGCAAAAUGCACCACCAGGCCUGGAUUAUGAAAGAGAUGGUAAAUUUUCUAAGUCUUUCAAGCAAAUGAUAGCUAGCUGCUUGGUGAAAGAUCCUUCAAAAAGGCCUACUUCAAAGAAUUUACUAAAACAUUCUUUUUUUAAGCAAGCAAGGUCAAAUGAUUAUGUUGCACGGACGCUUCUAGAUGCAUUGCCCCCUCUCGGUGUCCGUAUCCAGGAAUUGAAGAGAAAGGAAGAAGAUAUGCUUGCACAAAAGAAAAUGCCUGAUGGUCAAAAGGAAGAAUUAUCUCAGAAUGAAUAUAAACGUGGGAUAAGUGGAUGGAAUUUCAAUCUUGAAGAUAUGAAAACUCAGGCUUCUCUGAUUCAGGAUGAGGGCCUUAUAACUGAAACUAGCCAAGGUGGGAGCUCAAGUUCUUUGUGUACACUUGAUGUACAAGAUAAACAAUUGGAAUUUCGGACGUCUUCUCAAGCUACAGAUAAGGAAGAUAAUGAUCUGGUCCAGAAUCAGCCAGCUUCUUUUGCAGCAGUUGAGGCAACAGUAAAUUUUACCAGAGUUAGAUCUGAAAGAUCUAAUGAUGAAUCAAGUGCAGCUACUUCUCUGGAACCAAAUUUGAUUUCCCCUUAUCAUGAUGUCCGCUCUGAACGUAAUUUGGUUGAAAAGCCUGUUUUGGAGUUCAAUGGAAAACCUUCUGAUAACACGACCAAACUUUCUCAUCAAAGGACAGGAACAUUUUCAGGGAGCAUAAAUAUACCAGAAACCAAUGUUCUUCUAAUUAAAGAAAGUAAUAAGCAAAGCCAGCCCAUCAAUAGUUCCAGUGGUGAUGGUGUGUCGAUUCCUGCUGGAGAGGAUACUAUUUCAGAGCUUUCUUCUAAGGCAUCUAAAUCACCAGCAGUGAACAGUUAUGAUUUUGAUGAGAAAGUAAAUGAGAAAGUAAAGCCACCGGUUGUUCAGCAAAGAGGACGUUUUAAAGUUACAUCCGAGAAUGUUCAUUUGGAAAAGGUUGUCGCACCUCCUGCACUUCCAAAGAGUCACAGCAUGAAGGUUCGUAAUUCGGAGGUUCUCAUCCCAAAUCCUAUGUUUUCACUAGGGCCUUCAUCUGGUGUCUCGCCGUUAACUCCUGCUGCCGUAUCAUCAACUCCUCCUUCCGCACCAUCAACUCCUGCUGCUGUACCAUCUACUCCUGCUGCUGCAUCAUCAACUUCUGCUGCCACAUCACCAACUCCUGCCAGUAGUCUUUUUCCACUGUGCCAGUCUGUUUUGCAGGCAAACAUUCUUCAAAGGGAGAACAUUCUCAAUGUGAUGAAGCACAUUUGUGCUGGUGACUCUAUAGCCAACCGUGCAUUUGAGGGAGUAUGCAUGCCAGCAGCUAAAGCGGCUGUCACAGAGAAAUCUUUGUUGGAAGAAGCUCAUGAUCGAGAGAAGGAGUUACGUCAUGAAAUAGCCGAGUUACAGUGGAGGUAUUUCGAUGCCAUUUGUUUUUGUUUUUUCUUUCGUCCAAAUUUCACCAUUCGAAAUGAAAAAAAAAACUUGGCUUAAACCUUGGUUUUCUAUAUGUGUAGGCUUAUUUAUGCCCAAGAAGAACUGCAGAAAUACAAAACAGAGAAUGCAGAGGUUAGUUUUUGAAACACUUUGCUCAUCUGUUUCCACUCUUCAUACUUCAACUAUAACAGCCGAUUAACCUUCAAAUUC